AGGAACCGAACCGGUUUAUAGCUCUGAGAGGCGCCAUGGCUCAUCCAAUCAGAGCGGCGGAUCUGAGUACCCUUCGUUGCCUUAGUAACAGGACGCAUAGGUUUUUCGAGAGCCCGCUGGCGUUUAGGUGGCGGGUCGCAUUGGGUCCUGGGGUCUCGUGGUAUGUCGAAACCAAAGAAUCAAAAUUACAAGGGCCAUGGACUGUCAAAGGGAAAAGAGCGAGAGCAGAGAGCAUCUAUCCGGUUCAAAACCACUCUCAUGAAUACACUCAUGGAUGUCCUUCGCCACAGGCCGGGAUGGGUGGAAGUAAAAGAUGAAGGGGAAUGGGAUUUCUACUGGUGUGAUGUCAGCUGGGUCCGGGAGAACUUUGACCAUACCUACAUGGACGAACAUGUGCGGAUCAGCCACUUCCGAAACCACUACGAGCUGACCCGCAAGAACUACAUGGUGAAGAACCUGAAACGAUUCCGGAAACAGCUGGAGCGGGAAGCAGGAAAGCUAGAGGCAGCAAAAUGUGACUUCUUCCCCAAAACCUUUGAACUGCCCAGCGAGUACCACUUGUUUGUGGAGGAGUUUCGCAAAAACCCAGGAAUCACCUGGAUUAUGAAGCCUGUAGCCCGUUCACAGGGAAAGGGCAUAUUCCUCUUCCGGAAGCUGAAGGACAUCAUGGACUGGAAGAAGGGCACUGCUGGAAAGAAGCUUGCCAGCUUGGAGGCCCAGCCUGCCCGGAGCACUGUCAAUCCUUCUGGUGGUCAUGUUGGCGAGAAUGGACAAUGCAUGGGAAACAUGUGUGAGAGUGCAUUGCUAUCUCCCUGGGCUGGCCUGGAAGCAGUGGGAAAGCAGAAGAGGGAGAAGACAGUCCUUAGAACCUGUGUGUGCUUUCAGCAGCACUGGCCAAAGGAACUUUCCACAGUGAAGGAAAUGGAUGCAAGAUGUUCUGAUGACCAGAAGGAAGAAAUUCCUGUGGAAAACUAUGUAGCUCAGCGUUACAUUGAAAACCCCUACCUGAUUGGAGGCCGCAAGUUUGACCUGCGUGUCUACGUGCUAGUGAUGUCGUACAUCCCACUUCGGGCCUGGCUGUACCGGGAUGGCUUCGCUCGAUUCUCCAACACCCGAUUUACACUCAGCAGCAUCGAUGACCAAUGUAUCCUGAGGCCCACACCUACCACCUCCAUACGCACUCUGCCCCUUAUUGUCCUGUUUGCUACCAAGAGAACUCACUCAUUCCACAGUGUUUUCUGAGUGUCAGAGUCUGGUCUGAGCAUGAGAGACAGCUUGAACA